AUGACGAAUGCCGACCCCGUCGCCACGCUGCUCAAGGACUACCACGAGCUGAAUCCGGGCUGGGUCGAGAUCCGUACCACAACGCCGACGCCACUCGAGUUUAUGCGCUUCGUCGCGCGCAACCGGCCCUUUGUUGUGCGUGGCGGCGCAGCUGACUGGCAGGCGACGCGAGAAUGGAGCGUUGCACGCCUCAAGGCGCUGCUGCAGGGCCAGACGGUCGAGGUGGCAGUGACCCCAAAUGGACUCGCCGACGCGCCUACUCGUGACGCAGACGGCCAACUGUGCUUCGUCAAGCCGUGGCAGCAGCGCGUCGACUUUGCCGAGUUCAUCGACUCUCUCUUGGCGCCGGAGACUAGGACGGGGAGCGAGCCACCACCGCCGUCCGAAGUCACCUAUGCCCAGUCCCAAAACGAUAAUCUACGUCAUGAGUACGAGCUUCUCGCGCCGCAGCUGCCCACUGAGAUUGCCUGGGCCCGCGAUGCCCUCGGCCAGCCGGCUGACGCGCGCAACCUCUGGAUCGGCAACGCGCAUUCCACCACCGUCCUCCACAAGGACCCCUACGAGAACAUCUACGUCCAGCUCCUCGGUCGCAAGCACUUCCGCCUACUGCCGCCCUGCGCCCUUGUCUGUGUUGCCGAAACGCCCCUGCCACCCGCUGCCUAUCUCAAGAGCCCGUCCGGCACCUGGCGCAUCCGUCACGAGCCCGGCCCACCCGUGCCCCUGCCCACAUGGGACCCCGAUGCCGGCCCGGCCCAGGCUCAGCGUACACCCUAUUCGCAUCUGGUCGUGCCCCUAGCCGUGACCCUGGAGAAGGGCGACAUGCUCUAUCUCCCCGCACAAUGGUACCACAAGGUCUCACAGUCCUGCGCCGAUGAUGGAAUAUGCUGCGCCGUCAACUACUGGUAUGUACGACAUGGAAUAUGGCGGAGGCUCCUACUCAAUGCUGAAUUUCUUGCGGAACGUCACGAGUCCCCCGGAACCACAAGAUCCCCUCAGACCCAUAGCUGUCUAUCAUGA